AAAACCUUCUCUUUUGUCAGUUUUUGGGAAAAUAUUCUUUGGCUUCAACUUCAACAGGUUUGUUCUCCACCAUUUUCCUUUCUUAAGGAUUUCUUCUGGUCUCUCUCUAUCUGUUGUUGGUUUGCCCCCCCCGGCUGGAGCUUUUCUCCAUUUCUGCAGGGGGACAUGUAGAGCUUUCGUUUCAGCUUCACACCGUCUCUGCAUUUUGCCUUGCGAAAAAUUUCCGUUUCUUUUCUCUCAUUUUCUCAUUAAUGCUGACAAAACGAGAGACUAAGUAAAACCCACUUCCCCAUUCUCCAUCCGUUUUGGGGUUUAUUGGAUUCAGACUGCACAGAAUAGAAAGUUCAGUUCUUUCUGUUCUUUGUUUCCAUUUUUGUCUCCUAGGACAGUUCCUCUGGUUUUUAGGGUUUUGGAGCUUUUCUAAGCUCUGGUAUUGAGCAAUUAUGGCGAGGAAGCAUGGAUGGCAAUUGCCAGCACACACGUUUCAGGUUGUUGCAAUCACGGUGUUUUGCCUGUUGGUAAUAGCAUUCUAUGCUUUCUUUGCUCCUUUCCUCGGAGGCAACUUUUGGGAGUACACUCUGGUUGGCAUAUACUCUCCUGUGGUGCUCCUGGUUUUUAUCCUUUAUGUUCGGUGUACUGCAAUCAACCCAGCAGAUCCCGGCAUCAUGUCUAAAUUCAACCCUCAUCAUAUAGCAGCUAACAGGAAUGCUAAGGAUAUACCCAGACGAUUUAAUGAAUCUGGGAGUGGAAUUCAUUCUUCCCCAUCUUCUAUGUCCAAAAUUUCUAUAGGUCGAAUCUUAUGUGCUGUGUUUGUUCAUGAAGAUUGUCGCAAGCAGGAAGGGCUUGCCGAGCAACAAGGCUCUGUUGAAGAUGCGUUGUUCUGUACAUUGUGCAAUGCUGAGGUACGCAAAUUCAGUAAGCACUGCCGCAGUUGUGAUAAAUGUGUUGAUGGCUUUGACCACCAUUGCAGGUGGCUUAACAAUUGUGUGGGCCAUAAAAACUAUGUGACUUUCGUUUCCCUUAUGGCUACAAGUGUUGUAUGGCUUGUACUUGAAGUUGGAGUCGGGAUUGCUGUCAUGGUUCGUUGCUUUGCCCACAAGAAAAGCAUGGAUGCUGAAAUAGUCGAUACCCUUGGAAACGGAUUCUCUCGUGCCCCUUUCGCCACUGUGGUGGCUGUAUGUACUGCAGUUUCUAUUCUGGCCUGCAUACCCUUGGCUGAACUCUUCUUCUUCCACAUGAUAUUGAUUCGAAAGGGCAUUACAACGUAUGAGUAUGUUGUGGCAAUGAGAGAGGGACCUGCUGCGCAUUUUGAAGAGCAAUGGGCCAAUCUAGGCAACUCUCCAGCAGGAUCUGCUACAACAGGAUUCAGUGGUGGAAGUUCUCUUGGCCUGCAGUACAAGGGAGCAUGGUGUACCCCUCCCCGAGUAUUCGUUGACUAUCAGGUACGUUCCACUUAGGACAUUGAUCCCUACUGCUUUGUGUACCCCUCCCCAAGUAUUCUUUGACAAUAGGAAUAUGGUAUCUAACAUCUUCCAAUAUUAAUAUCAAUAGAACAAUCUACCUGUUCAACAAAUCAUCAAUGCGAGCAACCCCUUAGUUUCAGGCUACCAAGCAUGGUCAUAAAAAGAUAUAGUUUGACAAGUAAUUGAUCAAGGGUUGGAUGACUAUUUUUAGCUACGGAUACUGGGGGUGGAUUUUAGUUUUUUCCCAUUGAAAUAUCCAAUUGCCCUUAUACAUCAUCGACUUUGUAAAGCUGUACAAUACCUUCGAAUUUUCAAACAAAUAAAGGGUCAUAAUGUCAAAGUCAAAACGCAUGGGGGGUUCUGGAAGCCACACCCUUACCUAUGGCUUCUACGACCUCCUCUUGUCUGUAUUCUUGAAUCCAUGCAUGGUGCCAAGAAUGCACCUCAAUUUUCAUGUUUUGCUUGCCAAACAGUAGAGUCCAGGAAAUCCCCUCCUGGAUGUAGCGUGUCCUACAAUCCAUUGCCAUAAUUGUCAAUCCAAACGACCUGUAAGGUGUUUCAUUUUGCAAAUAGGACUAUAUAACUGCCAUUUUUUUAUUAAUUGAAGCAAAAACAAGGGCUCUUCCAUACCUUUCCUCCGGCUAUUUCUUUUCUGUUGCAGGAGGAAGUCAUACCUCACUUGGAUCCAGGAAUGGUCCCUUCGACAAUCGACCCUGAUGUGGCAGGAAAUGUAGACCAAGGAGGAAACAGGCAACCCAAAAGGCCCGUCCGAAUCAGUGCUUGGAAACUUGCGAAGUUGGACUCAAACGAGGCAAUGAAAGCAGCAGCAAAGGCAAGGGCAUCUUCUUCCGUUUUAAAGCCAGUCAAGAACCCUCCAUAUAUUGAAGGAGGUAGCUCUAGUGGCAACAUGAGCAUCAGAAGUAGCCUCAGUGCUGAAACGGAUCCAAACAAGGAGGCAACGAGGACCGAGCUGCGGUUACCCUCACAUGGUCAUUCUAUACCUCCUAGUCAAGGCAGUCAAGAUGAUUGUGAAACUGGGACUCACAGUGUCAGUAGCUUCAGCAGCCCAAGCCACAUCCAUGAGUCUGUCACCCUUAGCCCUAUGCCACAAGCUCAUGUUCCUAGCUUUCUUCCUAGUCGGCCCAUGACUUCCAAGAUGAUGAUUUCUACAUCUGGAUUUGAUGAGAAGAUCGCACAGAGGGGAAGUAGUAGUACUGCUGAUCCUUUGCUUCUCGGAGCACCGAUAUCAUCAUCAACAUCUCUUCUUAGAGAUGUGAAGAGGACAUCUGUGGUAUGGGACCAAGAAGCCGGGAGGUAUGUAUCUGUUUCCGUGUCUUCGACUGAUGCACGAAGCAGACCAGCCCCUCAAAUUGGGGUGCCAACAUCAUUAUCCGAGGCAAAACCCGCAGCAGUUCAGCAAGGAGAGAAGCAGAUGUACACAGGAGGUGACUCCAUUUUCUUUGGCGGUCCACUAUUGACUAGUCCAACCAUUGGAGGAGAAGGCUUGAGAAAUGAAGGUUUGAGAGACAACCACCACCAGCAGAGACCAGCAUUGAACUUCCCACGUGAGUCGAGGUUCAGAAGAGAUGCAGUGUCGAAUCAGCUUCCUGUUUUCAACCCGGCAGGAUCAUCUGACCACCACCACAAACCUUCAUCGUAAGGUGACGCCAUUUUCAUCUGUAUAGUCCAUAGAGCAAACAGCAGAAUGCAGGCUAAACCCUGCGGCACCCUUUCCUUCUAGUGAUAGAUCCUGCCGCUCAUUAGCAGCAGGAAGCUCAUUUCAUUCGAAGUUUAACCAGUUUUUUGAUUGGAGGAUGGAGGAAGAGGACUUGAUUGGUUGCCUAGUAUUGUCGACGAAUGAGAAAGGUGUCUGGAGAUCAAAUAACGAGAGAGAAAAUCGGUCUUCGUCUCGGGGUCUCAUCCAAUCCUGGCCUGACCAAAAGGGUGUGUUCUUGUUUCAUGUUGUGUGUGUAUCUUUUCUCCAAUCCCUUUUAGGCUGUCUUUUGUUGGUCAGUUGUAGUUUGAGACAUACAUUUGU